CUGCCUUCAGCUUCUCUCCUCAGGAUUCAUAACAACCGUCUGUCUACGGAUGAAAAAGGAUCAAUAACCUCAACUUUACUGAUCUCACUCAGGGAGAAGACAUAAGCAAUGGAAGACUUUGAAUAUCACGAUGAAGACGACCCCAGCUUUAAUGACAGCUAUGAUUACAACUACGAACACAGCGUCUGUGACAAAGAGGCGGUGCGUUCUUUCGGCAGCGUCUUCCUCCCGAUCAUCUACACCCUGGCUCUGGUGGUCGGUCUGGCUGGGAACACACUGGUGGUGGUGGUCUACACGUCAAAGCUACGGCUGCGAACCCUGACGGAUGUGUGCAUCCUUAACCUCGCCAUUUCUGACCUGCUGCUCCUCUUCACCCUGCCCUUCUGGGCGGCUGACGCUGUGCAUGGCUGGAAGUUGGGUUCAGAAGCCUGCAAGUUCAUCUCAUUCCUCUACAGCACAAACUUCAGCUGUGGUAUGCUGAUGCUGGCGUGUAUCAGUGUAGACCGCUACCGCGCUGUAGCCUACAAUCCAACAUGCAGGAGUGGGACAGGGACGCGGUUAAGGAGACAAUGGCUUGUGGUGUGCAUAGUGUUGUGGGCCGCAGCCAGCAUUCUUGGCCUGCCUGAACUGAUCUUCUCCACUGUGAAACAUUCCCAUAACAGAAUGGCUUGUAAAGCGGUUUACCCAAUCAGCAUGGCCCGACCUGCAAAGGCUGCCCUGGAGCUGCUGGAAGUGACCCUUAGAUUCCUGCUUCCGUUCUUGGUCAUGGUAGUUUGCUACUGCUGGGUAGGACGGGCCCUCAGUCAGGCAGUUGGGGUGCGGCGAGAACGCAAGUGGCGCUCACUGCGGGUCCUGCUGGCUGUGGUGGCCGUCUUCCUGCUUACCCAGCUGCCCUACAACGUGGUCAAGCUUUGCCGAGCGAUGGACGUCAUCUACAUGCUCAUUACGGACUGUGAGGUAAGCAAGGGCCUGGACCGUGCUAGUCAAAUAACAGAGAGUCUGGCGCUGACCCAUGCCUGCAUUAACCCUCUCCUCUACGCCUUCAUCGGAUCCUCCUUCAGGGGACAUGUCCUCAAGGCUGCCAAGCACCUUGGACAGAGACUUAAAGGACGCCCACGACAUGUCAUUGAGGAGCCGGCAGUGGAGAUUUCACUUAAUACACGCAAUCAAGCACAAUCACAAUCUGGUUCAGAUGACCAAGAAACAAGCACCUUUACCAUUUAAGACUCAAAACAUCUAUUUGCCUAUAAGCACCUAGACAAAAUGACAAAGGUCUAUGUAUAUAUUUUUACAUAUCACGGGGCAGUUUACAUGCAGUGUCUAUUUUUCUGGGCAUGUCCUUGUUGCAUUGAGAUGAAAACAUUAACCUUUUUUUUUUUUUAAAUGCAGUGACACUUUCAACAUUUUGUUACUCGGGCCAAAGAAGUAGGUCAAACUGGUCUCUGUCGAUUCUGAAACGAACCCGUCAUCAUCCUCAUGAAGCUCCUAAAUCAACUAAAUCAAAAAAAAAAAAGAAAAAAGGAUGCAGCCCCUCUUUGUUUCGAUUAGUUUUCUUAAUUCAGUCAGGCUAGUCAUUAACAGCAAUUCCCACAUUUCUGUUGUUCAUUAACAAGAGACAAGGCAGACGCAUGACCCACAAUGAGUUGCAUGUGAACAGACCUUUAACAGUAAAUCUAUAUGCACCAUUUAAGCAUAUAAACUAAGCACUACAUAUAUUAACUACAAAACAUUUCAUGUAAAUUAAGUAUUUUGUAUUAAUAAAACAAAUUUUCAGUGA